UCUUUCUCACAGUCUGAGGAGUCAUUGUGCAAACAGAGAGGAGACCCUGAGAUCCCUCAGCUCUCUAAGGAUGGAGACAUCAUGUUAGGAGGAAUCUUCUACUUUCACAGCAGCUGGAAGAACAGAGAGAACACUUACACUCAAAAACCCCUGCCACUAGAAUGCAUCAGUUUGAAUUUCAGAGAGUUUCAGUUUGCUCAAGCCAUGCGUUUUGCCAUUGAGGAAAUUAACAACAGUACAGAGCUACUUCCAGGCAUUUCUUUGGGAUAUGAUAUUUAUGAUACGUGUGGUUCCAUUGUGAGAAGCUUAAAAGUUGCCCUUGCCUUGAACAACAAUGACAAUGUGUCUUCAAGUUUUGAGAAUCUAUGUACCAGAUCUGUUAAAGUGCAGGCCAUAAUAGGAGAAACCUCGUCCUCUCCCAGCACAGCAAUAGCUACACUUCUUGGACCAUUUCAUAUCCCACUGAUCAGCCAUUUUGCAACAUGUGCUUGUCUCAGUGACAAAUCUAGGUACCAAUCUUUUCUCAGAACCAUUCCCAGUGACUACUAUCAGAGCAGAGCUCUGGCUCAUUUGGUCAAACACUUUGGUUGGACCUGGGUUGGAGCUGUUAGAACCAAUGAUGAUUAUGGCAACAAUGGCAUGGCAACAUUUACAGAAACUGCAGAACAGCUGGGCAUCUGUCUGGAAUAUUCUGUCCCUUUCUUUAGAACUGAUUCAUCUGAAAAAAUACAAAAGAUAAUUGACAUUAUAAAAGCUUCUACUUCUAAGGUUAUUGUUGCUUUUCUUUCUCACCGUGACAUGGAAGUGCUUUUACAUGAGCUCUCUCUACAUAACUUGACAGGAUAUCAGUGGGUCGGCAGUGAGUCAUGGAUAUUUGAUUCUCAAAUUGCAGAAAAUGAUAAAAAUCGUAUCCUGGAUGGAGCUAUAGGACUUUCUAUCCCAAAAGCAAAUAUCAGUGGUCUUAAAGAGUUUAUGCUGAAUGUGAAGUCACUUAACUUAUCAAAUAAUUACUUUUUUACUGAAUUUUGGGAGGCAUUAUUCAGCUGUAAGUUCAAGCAGUCACAAUCAGAAGAAAUUCAGAGAGAAUGUACUGGACAUGAGGAUCUGACUGGAGUGGAAAACAGCUUCACUGACAUGUCCCUCAUGCCCAUUUUUAACAAUAUUUACAAAGGAGUGUAUUCAGUGGCUCAUGCUCUGCACAAUAUAUUCAGUUGUAAUGACAAAUGUAACAAUAGUGUUCACCUAGAGCCACUUACAAUCUUGCAGCAGAUUCAAAAGAUACACUUUAAAACCAAAGAAGGAGAGAAAGUUUACUUUAAUCAAAAUGGAGAUCCAGAUGCAAAAUAUGAGAUUAUCAACUGGCAGCCUAGAGACAAUGAUGUUGUGGACUUUGUCACUGUUGGUCUUUAUGAUACAUCAUUACCUGAAGACAAACAGCUAAAUCUACAAAACAAGACGUUCAUCUGGGCACAGAAUUCAAAACAGGUUCCUGUGUCAGUUUGCAGUGAGAAGUGUCCUCUAGGAACACAUAAGGUUCUCCAGAAAGGAAAACCUGUUUGCUGCUGUGAUUGUGUAAGAUGUACAGAGGGAGAAAUUAGCAACAUAACAGAUGCUAUCACCUGUGUGAGAUGUCCCCCUGAUUCCUGGUCAAAUGACAAAAGAGAUGCCUGUGUAACAAAAGAGGAUGAGUUUUUGUCAUAUGAAGAAAUUAUGGGAAUACUUCUCACCACAGCCUCAUUAUUUGGAACAUGUCUGACUACUGCUGUAGGUGUCAUUUUCUUCAGAUACAGGAAAACUCCUCUUGUAAGGGCAAACAACUCUGAGUUGAGCUUCCUGCUGCUUUUCUCUUUGACUUUGUGUUUUCUCUGCUCCCUGACUUUUAUUGGACGUCCCUCUGAGUGGUCCUGUAUGCUCCGACAUGUAGCUUUUGGCAUCACUUUCGUUCUCUGCAUCUCCUGUAUUCUUGGGAAAACAAUGGUGGUUUUAAUGGCAUUUAAAGCUACACUUCCAGGCAGCAACAUGAUGAAAUUGUUUGGGCCUACACAACAGAGACUCAGUGUUCUAAGUUUUACUCUUAUACAAGUUAUCAUCUGUAUCCUCUGGUUAACAAUUUCCCCUCCAUUUCCAUCCAAGAACUUUAAAGAAUUUAAAGAUAAAAUCAUCCUGGAGUGUGCUCUAGGUUCAGCUGUAGGCUUCUGGUCUGUCCUUGGGUACAUUGGACUUCUUGCCAUAUUGUGUUUUAUUUGUGCUUUUCUGGCUCGAAAACUGCCUGAUAAUUUUAAUGAAGCAAAAUUUAUCACCUUCAGCAUGCUGAUAUUCUGUGUAGUAUGGAUAGCUUUUAUCCCAGCAUAUGUCAGCUCUCCUGGAAAGUUCAGUGUUGCUGUAGAAAUAUUUGCCAUUCUUGCUUCUAGUUUUGGUCUGCUGUUAUGUAUCUUCAUUCCAAAAUGUUACAUUGUGUUGAUGAAACCUGAAAAGAAUACAAAAAAGAACAUGAUGGCAAAUGCAGCACAACAUUCUUUAAAAAAAAGCAUUAUCACGUCAUCUGCAAAUAUCAUAGUCCAUGGAGAUUCCUACCUGACCACAUCUGUUACUCUGCCCAUCACCAGAACAAACAAGGAGGGGCUCAGAGACAUUCCUUGA